GGCAGAUUGGCAGGUACAAGUAAACGAGUGUGACUCGCGUUCUGGUAAAAGAAGAAUAGAGAUGACGGAGAAAUGAAAGUUUAUGGAAGAAAAUGGCUGGCCAUUUUCCCGUUGUAUUAAGAGUGAUUAUCGUUGCGAUGAUUUGGCGCGGGACGCUUGGAGAUGAGGCACCGCAACCGGAACAAAUUCACAUAUCCAGUACAGGUAAGUUUAAUCUUUAACUCCUCAUUUAGAUUUUUAAACGUUUUAUGUCCCUGGGUUUUCCUUGACUAUUAUCUAUCCACGCUUGGCUGCUGAACAGGAACAAACUGGCACCUUUAAACCAUUGCCUAUGAAACAAUGGCAUUGUAUAUAAUUUAUUCCUUACCUCGCUUUACGGAAACGUUUUGCUAUGUGUAAUGUUUUUGUUAUUAAUAACCAAACAAAAAAAUCUUCAAAGAUCAACAAGCAAACCGUUAUGGUCAAGCCCGCAACUUUAAAGGACAAAAUGUUAGUGUAAACAACUUUAUUAAUAAGUGAAAUACAUAUAGGGUCGGUUAUUUAAACAAAGUCUAACUUACCCUGCGGUUUAGAAAAUCUUUCAACCUCCAGAUCUUUUCCUUAGUGGGUUAUUUUAAGAAAGCAAAUGCCCGGGGUGGGGUGGGGGGUACUCCCUCAUAAGGGCUUAAUGGGGACGUGCGGCCAGCCAGGGUAUGUUUUUAAGGAUUUUUGUCUUAAACAGGGUAUCGAUUUUGUCAUUUUUUGUCUUAAUCAGGGUAUCGAUUUUAUCAAUGUUUGUCUUAAACAGGGUAUAUUUUCUUGGGCGAUAAACAGCCUGCGUGACUCUGUUGAUCAAGCUGUAAAUAGUUUUGUGAUUGCCCAUGGAUUAAAUAAGAAAGAGUUUCGAUAUUUAUUAUUGUCUUACAUAGGGUAUGGUUUCGGGUUAAAUGUCUUAAACAAGGUAUCAAAAAUCGGAAUUCUGUCUUAAACAGGGUAGGAAAAUCAGCGAAUUUUGUCUCAAACAGGGUCAGGUCACGUGACAGUACUGGACGAAUUUUCGACUGCAUGGCUGAAAAAUUUGACCACACACUUUGUUGACACGAGAUCUUUCAACAUUUUCGUUCUGUUCAGACGGAAAUUUGAACUGCUGAGCAUAUAAAUUUUAUGCUGUUAAGGUGGUUCCGUGUUGACCGAACACCUCAACGCACGAAUAAACCCGGGUGUCAGUAAAACGCGGGGUGGGGGUGGGGGUCGGGUUAGGGUUAGGGUUAAGUUAGAGUUAGGGCUAGUGUCAGCCCUAACCCUAAAACAGCAUUCUUUAAAAAAAAAAGAUAGACCUUGGCCCCGACCCCGCCCUCGUCCUCGUGUUUUACUGACACCCCGCCGGGGUGUCAGUAAAACGCCGUCUGGUGCCGUGUGAACGGACCUAAGACAAAGUGUAGACUAUGGUCAUUUGACUACUUGCUGAUUUACUCUGAAAGUCACAGCAUGGAUGUUGGCAACUACAAUCGUGUUUUUAAGCAGAGUUAUCACGUAACCUCCGCAUCAAUUCUAAAUUGUUUUUAAUUUCAGGAGAUCCCACGGAAAUGAUGAUCACGUGGGUAACGAUGGCCAAAUCAGUUAAGACCAUAGUGGAGUAUGGGGAGAGGUACAAACAACCGCUGAACAAGAAAGCUUACGGCUCAGCUACAGAGUAUGAAACGUGCGGCUGGAGAGAGAGGACAAUUUACAUUCAUCGUGUGAAGUUGAAGGGGUUGAUUCCAGGGAGUGGAUAUGGUAACGUGCUUUCAUGAGGUUUUGCACGCGAAUGAAUGGGUUGAAGAGAAUAUAUUUAUGGAGCGAUGUCAAAGAAAUUAAUAACUCACACACCCAUUUCUUUGCGGUUUGUUUUCAGAUUACCGUGUUGGUAGUGCAGAUGGCUGGAGCGCCUUGUAUAAUUUUAACGCGACCAGAAACGGCACGGAAUGGGCGCCGAGGUUUGCGGUGUAUGGAGAUUUGGGAGUAGAUAAUGCCCAGUCUCUCUCUAAGUUACAGAAAGAAGUUCAAUCAGGCCAAUAUGACGCUAUCCUGCAUGUCGGUAAGUAUCUUUAAAACAGUAUUAUGUGGCUAAAAAAUACCUUUUUACAUUAACCACUGAAUAAUCAAAUUCUGGAGACUGAAUGUCCUCUUAUAAAGGCUUUGGCAGCUAUGUAUUGCAAAGCAAAAACAACGACAACCUGAAGGCAAAUAAUGUCGACAUUUACGCAUUAGGUUGUUCAUAGUCUUGAAAUAGCUGAAAUAGCUACAUGGCUCUUGAUAUACCUCACUGAUACCUCUAUCUCCGUAAACAGCUCAUGGAAGGGGUUUAUCUACCACUUGUCUAUACUACAAGGCUUUGUGUAGUGGUCCAAAGGGAGAGAGGCGUUAACAAUCACGUGGCUAGCAUCUAUGCAAAUACCCUAACCCUACGUAAAUGACGUAACAAGACGUGACAUCAUUGUCAUUGCAUUGCUUUUAAUGUUCACCAGAAAUUUAUAAGCUUCAAAUUCUUCUGCAAACAAAAGGCUAGUAUUUGUCCUCACUUAGUUUGUUUACUGUUCUUUUUCUCUCUUCUUUAGGUGACUUUGCAUACAACAUGGAAUCGGUAAGUAGGAGAUGUGGCUCGUUUCUCUUACUUUGCCACAAAACGUCCGAGACGCAGUUACGCAGGAGAAUACCGCUUCUGUACUCAGGCAACGCUAGUUUAAAAUACUUUAUAUAGCUAUUAAAUGAAAACACUUUUCAAACUUUUGAAAAUUCAUCCCCCCCCCCUCAUAUAUUUCAUUCCUGCAAUGAUUCUUGGCAAAAGUGUAAUCUCAGGUUAAUUAUUAAUUGGUCUUACUAGCAGUGACGUAAUUGAAGGGAAGUGGAACCUCAUACCUACAUGUUCAAGUUACAGACUGAAAAACCUUAUGUAGACUGAUUGGUGUACACAGGCAACCCAACACUCAAAGUCUAGCAAAUUUUCAAUAUUUCUCGCACCUGCCAUGGUCUUCGAUUUUAAAAACGGGAACUGCAUUGGACUGGAUUUGUCUUCCUAAACGAUGUCCCCGCGAAAAAAACUAUCUAUCCGCUAUCCACCGGAUAAAUCGCUAUCUAAUGCAAUAUCCACUGGAUAGUGAUUCUUCCAGUGGAUAGCACUAUCCACAUUUUGAACAACUGGGCCCAGGAGUUUAGUGUCAGGAAUACAGAGUGUAGACAUACGUAUUUCUUUUGAGUUUUGAUUGGUUUAUCGAUUGAAUUCAGCUGUUGUGAUUGGUCAAGUAUUAACUAUUGUUUUCAACCCACUCUGUAAACUUACACACUGUGCAUGAGUGGAAGUACUGUAGUGGCGGAAUCAUUAAUUGUCGUGUUUCCUAUUUAUUGUAUUGAUUUCUUGUUUGUUCGUUUUAUAGGAUAAUUCUAGAGUGGGGGACAGGUUCAUGAAUCAAAUUGAGUCUAUUUAUGUUCCCUUGGUGGAAUCCAUUACAAGCCUCGUGUCCCGGAUAUAAUCCUAUUUACGCGUUUUGAUUUAAAUAAUGUUCGUUUUAUAGGAUAAUUCUUUUGUUAUGCGGGGACAGGUUCAUUUUACACAGAAUCAAAUUGAAGUCUAUUUACGGCUUAAAAUGUUUUACACUCCACUUUGAAAGGAUGUUUUUUGAAAAGUUUGACCCACAAGGGUUGAAAACAAUGAACAAGUUCCUACGGUUAUUCAAAUCCCAGAUUUUGUUAUAUGGAAGAUGGUUCCUGAAUAAUGUACUGCUUUAUGAAGUUUUGUUAAUUUGAAUCAAUGAAACAGAAAAGUCAGCUCCUUUUUUGCAUUCCAACAUGUUCGUUGCCGUUGUUGCUAUCGUUCUUAUCUGGACCGUUUCUUAAAUCAAUGAAAAAAAAUAUUUGAUGUAAAAGAAAGAAGAAUAUUUUGAUAUUAAUAGACCUUACUAUAAGUGUAUCUAAACAUAUAUACUGUAAUUCGCGCCACACGUUUAUUUGUUAGUAGGUGUUAUGUGGACAAUAAUUUGUAAGCACGUUGCAGUGAUCACGAGGCUCAAGGGUUUUAAUGAGUUUCCUGUCGGUAAAAACUGUUAGUUGUUAAGUUAAUUACAUUUUGGAACUAACAUAUUGCGUCAACCUCGCUUUCAGCAAUUUCUCAAAUUAUAAGGAGCGUUUCAGCAUGCCAGGAAAUACUAAAGGAAUAUAUUAUAGGUACGUUUACUGUGACAGACCAAUUGCUGUUAACGCGAUCUUUGUCUAGCCUUUUCCGACCACAUCGUUAAUUUUGUGUUGCCUGUUGUUUACUGGCGUUUUAAGAUUGAAACAACAAGAAUACACGAUUUCAACAGGGUAUUUUUCUUGUCUAUGGUGACGAAUGAUGAGUUUUUCGUCAUUGUUUUGUUGGAGCUUGACACUAAAGGAAGUAUCUUUUCUGUGUUCCGCGCAAUAUUUAGCCGGUGUUUUGUCCACUUGCUCCCUUUUUGCCCCAAUUUUAAUGCUGCGCACCCCUCUUAAGCGUUCCCUUGAACCAUGCAGAAUGGGUUUUCUCAUCAUAGUAUACCAUAACAGCUUUACAAACGUUUUUGCAGUUGGAACAUCGGACCCGUUCAUAUCAUAAGUUUCAGUACAGAACUUUAUUACUUCCUGAAAUACGGCAUUGAGCCUGUUGUUCAACAGUUCAAUUGGCUGAAGAAGGACUUAGAGGUACUAAAUAGAUAUGUUAGCACCCUUUCUAAGAAUUUUAUUCACAGAGUAGAACUAAGCAUUAAAUUGUAAACAAGGGCAGGUUGUCUUUAAAUGAAGCCUCCCUAAGGUAUCUACAACAAACAACAAAAACAACAAAUUGCGGGGGAGCUGAAGACAUAUUACAAAACAAGAAUUAUAUAUAGAUGGACUAAAUAACAGUGAAGACACUACAAUACAGUAAAUAGAGUUUAAACUAACAUAAAACAAAAAAAAAAAAAACAAGGCAUGUACAUAACGAUUACGAAGAGAGGUUAACUAAAGUAUUAAAUAACUUAAUAAGACGGGAGACUUCGACAUAAUCAUCUUCUGACCGCAAAAAAUUUAGUAAUAAUUCCUUUAUUUUUUUACGAAAGGACGAACGUUUAAGUAUUUUAAUCGAAUACGGAAUAGAGUUCCAAAUUUGGGCACCGAUUCUCGUGAAAAAGGCAUACAUUUUAUCGGUUCUAGAGAACUUAACAUAAAACGAGUCGCUAGAGACAGAUCUUGUUCUGUAGUUAUGAAUCUCAAAAUUAAAAAUCACCUUCAUCAAUGAACUAGACAGAGUAUCAAAGGUGAUUACAGGUUUCUAGUUGGGUCUUUUAUCACUGUCAGACUCACAAUUUAGCCCCUCAUUAAACGAGGUAUAAAUUGACCGUCUCCUCAAACUUGACUAGCAAUGGCGCAACAAAAUUGAGAAACAAGUUCAAAGAAAAAGUGUGCAAAGUAACAGAGUCAUUUCUAAUCAGUAGACUCGACGACUAAAUCUAGGGUUAAAGUAUUUGUUUUUUUUCUAAAAUAUUUUUUUGCUUAUGAAAUAUUAAGGAGGCUAGUAGACCAGAAAAUCGUGCAAAGCGUCCCUGGAUAAUAACUAUGGGUCACAGGCCCAUGUACUGUUCCAAUGCAGUGGGCGAUGGAUGUCAAAACCACGAGAACAGCGUAAGUCAAUUGCCUUUUAUAAAUUAAUAAAAAACGAGCUAUGUUAAUUAUAAGCAAAGCAUGCGCCUCAGAUUGGACAAAUUUCGUAAUCUUUCCUUUUGUCUGUGUAGUAGAUCUCUUAUUGGUGUUUAAAGUGUUUUCAAUAACAAUGAAGGAACUAGUAAGGUCAUCAUUAAAACCAUUUUUGUUGUUGCCUUUAGAUAAGAACGGGACUAUCUUCUGAGAAACUCUUUCCCUUGGAAGAACUCUUUUAUAAACACGGUGAGAAUUGACUGGGAAGCGCUUGGUUGUGAAUUUUUUUUGUGAUUAUUCCAUUAAAUAUUUUGACGAAGGCCAAGGAAUCUACGUACCCUGAGGAGGCCAUAGAAAGUGUCCGUAUUAACAGGGUUGAAUUGAGAGAAAUGUAAGGACUUUCUUUUCCCAGGGACGAAGUUAACUGAACGUAAUGAUCAGGUGUCCAUAUUUAGGGUGUUCGUAAAGCGGGCUUUAAAGCAUGUUAAAAGAAAAGAAAAUUACCGUUUAAAUGACGUUAUCUUUUUUUUUUUGCCCCACGGUGUCUCUUGCUCUCUAGCAAAGGGUGUUUGUCCGGUUUGACCGUUUAGCUGCAGAGGGCCUUUUAUAGUGGGUUUGAAAAAGGCAAUGAGUUGUAUAAUUAUCGUGCAUGGAAAGUGAGGUAGUUUUUUCAAAAGUCUCGCGUUAAUUAAGUUACGCGCGAUUGUAACAAAACUUCCAAAACAUACGAGGUAAGUGUUGCAGUCAUCAAAGAUGUGAGACAUGGCAAAACAAGAGAAUAAAGGGUAAAACAAACGCCUUUUCUUGCCUUGUGAUUCAUGCCGUCUGGAAACGCCCAAAACCUGAGUGAGACUCGUAAAAAUAAUAUUACUUAAAUUCUUGGUUUCAGUGCCAAAUUACCAACGACUGAAAGUGAAUGGAUAAUAAAAAACUAAGGUCUUUUAAUCAACGAUGCUGGUAGCUAUUCACUGUUAAAACCGUUUGAAGUAGUUUCGUUUUUAAAAACAGUAACUUUAUACCCAUCUGCCUGAUUCGUAGGGGUGGACGUGGAAUUUUGGGCUCAUGAACACUCGUACGAGCGACUACUUCCUGUCUAUGAUCACAAGGUAAACCUCCGGCAUAUCUAGCUUGAGACUGAAUAUUCACUACAAAAUCCAGGAACAGUUCUUUUCUAUAUCCUUUUACUUAAUACAUCGCCACAUUUUUACGUUUUCUUAACAAGGUCUAUAAUGGAUCCAGCGAAGAACCUUACACCAACCCAAAGGCUCCUGUCCACAUAACCACGGGCUCUGCGGUAAGAACAAAGAAAAAAACCAAAUUAAAUACGUCACUGCAUAUGUGAUAAUCACAUUUACUUACAUGAAAACAGAGGGACAGAUGGACGUACGGUCUGUUCGCGUACGGUAACGUGAAAAGUAAUCUUCUUCUUAUGGACGGUAUGGAUAUAGGUUAUCAGAUUUUUUGCCGAAAGGGUAUGGGAGAUAUAUAUUUGUUUCAUUGUUCCAGGUCACAUCUAUUCCCUUCACAAAUUUCUAAUAUAUAGCAUAAUAUGAUCUUAGCUCAAGAUCACUUUGAAUGUCCUUGCUUCUGUCCUUAUCAGUUGUAAAACUACUUUCCAGGGCUGUAAGUACUGUCAUGACAAGUUUCAGCGAGAUUAUGGUUUCUGGACAGCAUUUCGCACACUGGAUUAUGGGUACACCAGAGUUCAAGUUUUUAACAGUAGCCACUUAUAUCUUGAACAAGUCAGCAUUGAUCAGGUCAGAUUAAACGUUUUUAUUAUACUCUGUAACUGCAGCCUUUCCUACCCUAGGUUUUCACUAUCUGUUAACCGUAACAGCAACUUUCACCAUAAUUCUGUGUUUAGAUGCGGUUAAAAGUUAAAAAUUAGUAACUAACUAUCGCUAUUUUUACACAGGACUACGAAGUGAUUGACAAAGUAUGGAUUAUAAAAGAUAAGCACGGCCCAGAGGCCUGGGCAACAGAAGAAAUUGUCGAUGUUGGAAAGAUGACUGAGCUUCAUGUAACAUCCGUGGAGCAUCCCUAA